CACUUCCUGCCCGAACAGUUCAGUUCAGGAAGAAGAAAUAAUGGCGACGCUUCUGGGGUCCGAGUCCCCUUGUACCGGAGGAAAACGAAGAAAUUGCAACGGCAAUGUCGUCACAAAGUUCACGGCUAGUAAAAUUACUGGUCAGGGUUUCAGUCGAGGGACCCAGCUCCCAGGAGGCCUGCUCCAGGAGAGAGAUAAACGGGCCAAGUGGCAUGGCAUCCCAACUCUGCUGCAGAGGCUCUACGAGAGCAGCCAUCCCAACAGUGACCUCUCCCAUGCCCACAGUUUUCUUAAGGUUCUAUCAUCCCAGCUCUCCAUGGAGGCCAUGUCUUUUGUCACAGAGGACAGGAAGACCGCUCAGGAAUCUACCUUCCCCAACACGUACACCUUUGACCUCUUUGGUGGAGUCAAUCUGCUUGUGGAGCUCUUGAUGAGACCCACAUUAACUAUGCAGAAGAAAAAAGCCAAUAUGAAUGAUGACUUGGUCAAGGACUGCCUUAGUGUUCUCUACAACUGUUGUAUAUGUACAGAGGGGGUCACAAAGAGCCUGGCAGCAAGGGAUGACUUUGUUCUGUUUCUCUUCACCCUGAUGACAAACAAGAAGACCUUCCUACAGACUGCUACCCUAAUUGAAGAUAUACUUGGAGUUAAAAAGGAAAUGAUCCAGUUAGAGGGCAUCCCCAACCUGUCAGGCCUGGUCCAAAGCUUUGACCAACAACAACUAGCCAACUUCUGCCGCAUCCUCUCUGUCACGAUCUCAGAACCUGACGUAGGAAACGACGACAAGCACACCCUGUUGGCCAAAAAUGCACAGCAGAAAAGCAAUGCUAGCCCCUCACGGGCCGAGGUCAACCAGGUAACCCUGCUAAACAUCCCUGGCUUCAUUGAGCGGCUGUGUAAGCUGGCCACUAGAAAGGUGUCGGAGGCCACAGGAGCUAACUUCCUGCAGGAGCUGGAGGACUGGUACACAUGGCUAGACAAUGCUCUGGUCCUGGACGCCCUCAUGCAGAUGGCUACUGAGGAGGCUGAACAAAGCAGUACAGAGUCGUCAGAUGAGAGUUCCCUGGCCACCAGCCCUCUGAGACAUCGACUGCCCCAGUCCAUGAAGAUUGUCCAUGAGAUCAUGUAUAAAGUAGAAGUGCUCUAUGUGCUAUGUGUCCUCCUUAUGGGCCGACAGAGGAACCAGGUCCACAAGAUGCUGGCAGAGUUUCGUCUCAUCCCAGGGCUCAAUAACCUGUUUGACAAGCUGAUCUGGAGGAAAUACACUGCCUCAAAUCAUGUUGUCCAUGGCCAAAAUGAGAACUGCGACUGUAGUCCAGAAAUAUCCUUCAAAAUCCAGUUCUUGCGGCUACUUCAGAGCUUCAGUGAUCACCAUGAGAAUAAAUACCUCCUGCUGAAUAGCCAGGAGCUGAAUGAACUGAGUGCCAUAUCCAUGAAGGCUAACAUCCCUGAGGUGGAAGCACUGGUCAACACAGACCGAAGCCUAGUGUGUGAUGGGAAGAAGGGCCUUCUCACACGCCUUCUCACCGUCAUGAAGCGGGAGCCUCCAGACUCGUCAUUCAGAUUCUGGCAGGCAAGGGCAGUGGAAAGUUUUCUCAGAGGAGCCACCUCCUAUGCAGACCAAAUGUUCCUCCUGAAGAGGGGACUACUAGAGCACAUCCUGUUUUGCAUCAUAGACAGUGGCUGUACGUCUCGAGAUGUCCUACAGAGCUACUUUGAUCUGCUUGGAGAGCUCAUGAAGUUUAACAUUGAUGCCUUCAAAAGAUUCAACAAAUAUGUCAACACUCCAGAGAAGUUUCAGACCUUCCUGACGCAGAUCAACAGUUCUCUGGUGGACUCUAACAUGCUGGUGCGCUGCAUUGUCCUUUCAUUGGACCGCUUUGAGAGUCAGACUGAAGAUGUCAAAGUGGUGGAGGUGCUUUCUGAAUGCUGCCUGCUGUCCUACAUGGCCAGAGUUGAGAACAGGCUGGCCUUCCUCUUCCGUCUGAUCAACAUCAUCAACGUACAGACACUCACACAGGAGAAUGUGAGCUGUUUAAACACCAGUUUGGUGAUCUUGAUGCUGGCCAGAAGAAAGGCCAAACUGCCCUUCUACCUCAACGCCUUGCGGGAGAAGGAGUACGCCGAAAAGUACCCGGGCUGCCUGCUCAACAACUUCCACAACCUGCUGCGCUUCUGGCAGCGCCACUACCUCAACAAGGACAAAGACAGCACCUGUCUGGAGAACAGCUCCUGUAUCCCCUUCAGCUACUGGAAGGAGACGGUGUCAGUGCUGCUGGGCUCAGACAGGACUUCUCUGUGUGCCAUAGCAAGCUACAUUGAUGAGCCCUACAUGGAUCUGGACAGAGACCUGCUGGAAGAUUGACCUCCAGUUUGUUCACGUAGUGCGCUGGGGGUGGGACAGGGCAAAAGGUCACAGGGAGCAUGGACACCUAAAGCUGGUGAUGUCUCCACUGGCACUUUGCGUUCUGGAUGUAAAGACUUGCCUGUUUUUUUUGUCUGUACCUUCCUAUUGAGGCUGUCAUCACAGACGUGAUGGGACGUAAUUUGCCUGGCUGUCAUCCUCUCACUAAGUUACCGACCUCUUCAAAGGAAGAGGAGGAAACCUGUAUGCCCACCCCAGAUUGCCCACAUCAUUUGACAGACAAUUCAGGGACCUUGCAAAAUGACACCUGCAUUGCUUGUUUGCUUUAGGUGAAAUUCAAAAAAAUAUAUAUAUAUGUAUGAUUCAACAAAGUACUGUAUAUGUUAGAAAAAAAGAUUCUUUUCACAUGGACUUGGUUUGGAAAUGGCCACAGCUUAAAUUGUUACCCAGAUGUGCAGGUCAGUGGUUUGUCACAGGGCUGCCAGGAGUCACCGGCCUCACUCUCCCACUACCUACGCACUCUGUUCCACGCCACUGGCUGACCUGUGGGGGAAACUGGUGAUAUUGGAUUUUUUUGCAGGGGUCUUAUCAAUGAACUGCGUUUUGAUUCAACCGGUCUGUGGGUCUAUUUUAUUAGAUGGAUAUUGUUAAUUGGUGCUUUCUGGCUCUACUCUGCACAUUUAGGUAGCUUUUGGGCUGGCUGACAUGUUUCACAAAUCACACGGGGCUCCUCUCACCUAAAACCAUCCACUCUGUUCUGGCUUCAGAAGCCACUCGAGAGUCGUUUCUUUACCAGGUUUUUUUUAUUUUAUUUUUAUUUACUUAUGUCUUGUUCAAACUUUUUAGCUCUGGAUAAACUGUAGAAUAAAACCUUGCACAGAUUAAAUUGUUUUUAUUGUUUAUUAUAUUUUACCACAUUUUGUUGAUUAAAAACAUUUUCUUUUUGUAACUGAAUGUGUAUCCAUGUUGUGAGAGAUGCUUUGAGAAGAGAAUAAACUAUGCAGGCGCUAGUGUUAGGAUACCACUUACAUUGUUCCAGUCCACAGAAAGUUUAUGUGAAUUAGCCUUCUGCCCAACAGCAUCAGCAUUGGAUUGAAGGUCCCCCACUUUCUCUGGUCUCUCAAAAUCUUUGACAAGCUGAGAAUGAUGAUUUUUCUUUUAUGAUGGCUCGUUUUACAUGAAACCACUUGAUUUUUUUGUUUGGAUCGAGAUGAAGCAGUGGGCAGGGCUAUGUUGAUGUGUUCACGGCCUGAAUGUGCGGCUGUUUAAUGGAAAUGGAAGAUGCUGAUUUGGUUUCUCAAAUUAAGCAAACCCAACCUGAGUAAAGUACAAAUGGACGAGCUACCUCAUAUUUUAUCCUUGCACCGUACAGAUCAAACCACUUCUUAUGUCAAGUGUACAGUUUUACUCCCAGCAUGUCAUCAGUCAUAAUAAAUGUUCAUGUGAAUGUAUAAGGGCAUUUCCACAGUUGACCCCUUAUGCCGUGAGUUGCUAGUGCUAUGCCGCCUUGGGAUGCAAACUCUUUGAAAGCCUUUUAUUUGCUUUAAAGCUACUUAACCAGAAAUGUUUCCUUUUUUUUCUAACUUUCAUUCAGCAUGUCUUAAAUCUCUUGAUGGCUGUGCGUGCACAUGCUUUGAAUUAGUUCAUCUUUUGUGCUUUGCAGUGAAGUUGAUCCAAUUACACUUUACAAGUGCUUCUCUAACAAAUUCUCAGUUUCUUUGCUGUGUGCCCGAGAUCAUUUCUAUGGUUUCUUGAUAACCUAAUGUGAUUUGAAGCGGGGUACCUCUGCAGUGGUGUUACAUUCUUAGUACUGAUCGUAUGUUAUCAUUGAUCCAAAUCUCUUAUCACUCCAGUCAUUACUGUGGAAGCCAAUGAGGUUAUUGGUAUAAAAUUAUGAAUGUUGUGAGCGCUCUUCGGGAGCAACUUUAUAAACAGUCUUUAACCCUGACUUCUGUAGCUUUGUGAUCUGAAUUUUAGAGCGAGUGAGCCCUCUGUAUGAUGCACAAGAGAAUUGGUUCUCAACACUUAAUGCUCCUAGUAGGCCUUAGAUUUCAUUCAUUAGUUUGUAUAGAAAAUGGUGAGAUGGUAUCCCCUUGGCCACGAACAUGCUGCACAGUGUUAAACAUAACACUAUCUGGUUUUUAUUUGAGAUCCCUGAUGCUUUGACUUUAUUAACUGGAGAUUUAUGUAAUGUUUGGCAUGAUGAGGAUUAUAUUGGACACAUUUUGCAUCCUGUCUUAGGAUUCACACUCAACAGACCACGUGGUGCUUUUUUUAAAUUAAAUAUGAUUGUGUCUCACCUCACCAUGAUCGACAGCAUCUUAGUGUUUGUUGAAAGGAAUGACUUUAAGAGAUGUGGACAGUGGAUAAUAUUCAUGGUGUAAAUCAUUAAUUAAUUUUAGAUAACAACCCAUGUUUUUUUCAUAUGUUGACGUUGCAUAAAAUCUCACAUGGCUGUUAGAUAUUAACCUCUGCACACUUCAGUCUUAAUCUCUUUCUUACCGUGUUUGACCAUCAAACAAGAUUCAUGUUUUAGUUUGACAUUCUACUAUAACUACUUUUAUAACUAACUUUCACCCACAUGUUCCUCCUCUUAUGCUGGUAUUAAACUUCAUUUUCCUUAUUUAACAGCUGUUUGUCAAAUUAAUAAUAUAAUAAAUUGUCCUUUAGAUCUU